UUUUUACCCCUUUGAGAUCUUAUUAUAAAAAACCCUACCUUUUUGUUCAGUUUUUGGUCUUUCAAUUCCUGUUCUCAACUGCUUCCUUUGCCAAGGUUUUGCAAAUAGAGUAAUGGAAAGUGAAGCUCUUGAAAUGAAUUGUGUAAAGAAUGGGGAAUCUGAGAACAGUCCUAACAAGUUAGCUUCUCAAGCUCAUGCACUCGACAACUUGCUUUGUGUUGACAAUGAUGCAGUUGCUGACCGUGAAAAGCUACCAAAACCACAUCUUGAUGAGAGCAAGUUUGAUGUGCAAUUCAAAUUAUGGGCUCUACAAAUCCCUUGUCAACAUUGCAAGGUUGCCACUCGAAUCCUCAAUGGUUACAUGUUCGACAAGCCUCGAGUCAAACCCAUCAUUGAAGACCCUACAUGUGACAAAACCCGUUACCUUAUACUCUCUGACAAAGUUCAGAAUCAAGAUUUAUCUGAUAUUCCAAAACAAAAGGUUGAUGAGCUCAAUGGCUUGUGUAAGAUUGAAGUUGUGCCCUAUUCAUUGACACUAGGGUAUUCUUAUUGGAGUGCAGAUCAUGUGCUGAAGCAGAUAUUGCCUACUGGAGUGGAGGUGCCUUCAUCCUUUGAAACAAUAGGUCAAAUUGCUCAUUUAAACCUACACGAUGAAUUACUUCCCUACAAAGAUGUUAUUGCAAAGGUUAUUUAUGAUAAAAAUUAUCCUAGAAUCAAAACUAUUGUCAACAAAGUUGGAACCAUUACAAAUGAGUUUCGCGUUCCAGAGUUUGAAAUUUUAGCAGGAGAGCAUAGUAUGAUAACAGAAGUGAAGCAAUAUGGUGCCACUUUUAGGCUGGAUUACAGUUUGGUUUAUUGGAAUUCGAGAUUGGAACAUGAACACAAAAGGUUAGUGUCAAUGUUCCAAGCUGGGGAGACCAUUUGUGACAUGUUUGCAGGGAUAGGUCCUUUUGCCAUUCCUGCAGCGCAAAAAGGAUGCACAGUCUAUGCAAAUGAUUUAAAUCCAGAUAGCAUUCACUAUCUGAGGAUUAAUGCCAAAAUCAAUAAGGUUGAUGAUCGUAUUUAUGCAUACAACAUGGAUGCUAGAAAAUUUGUGUCCCAGUUGAUGGAAGUGCCAAAUACUGAGGCUACAUCUCAACUCUCAUCCGAAGUUCCCAUUUUGGAUACUUGUCACACAUGCAGGAUACAAGACAAUGCUGAAUCAAAUUCUGAAAAUGAGUUGCUAACUGUUCAUACAAAAGACAAUAAUAGUGGUUUAGGGGAUGUCAAGGGUUCAACCAGGCACAGUGCUACAUCUGUAAUUGCUGGUAAAAGAUCCUCUAGUUAUCAUGAAGGGGAUGUGGAGGCUCAUGAAACUGGCAUCCUUGAAGGUGUUAAGAGAAAAGGAAGCACAAACAAGAGAAUGAGAAGCUCUGAAAUGUCCGUCACAAAAACUUGGGAACAUAUUGAUCACAUAAUAAUGAAUCUGCCUGCAUCUGCUGUUCAGUUUCUAGAUUCAUUCAGGGGAUUAAUCCAGAAGAAAUAUUGGAAAGGAUGUUUACCAUGGAUUCACUGCUAUUGCUUCAUUAGAGCGACUGAGACUCCAGAGACUAUCAUAGCUGUGGCAGAAUCUGCUUUAAACGCUCCUAUACAUGAUUCAAAAUUUCAUAGGGUUAGGGAUGUGGCUCCAAACAAGGCAAUGUUUUGUUUAAGCUUCAGGUUGCCAGAAGGAUGCGUUAAAGAAGAUGUUCAAUAACAUAGUCCUUGGUGAUGCUGAAGAAAGGAUAGCUUUACAUAAGUUGCAUUGAUGGAUUCAGUGCGACCUUCUAUCUGACUCAAAAGCAAGGAUAGUGAAAUAUGACAAAUUUAACAGGAAGGAAUAGGCCAUAUUUAUUGAAACUAUAGAAUGAUUUUAAAGCUGCGUUUGGUAUACUUUCUUUGGAAUUAUACACAAUGAACAGUAAUACUAUUGUACCUUGCACUGUGUGGAUUAAUCUACCAAUAACUACUAUACAAAUCUAUGCAAAUAUAACAGUUUGCUAAAUUGUAUUCAUCUAA